AUAAAACAUUCGAGGCCCGCGCCAAUUUGGAGCGCUCCCCAUCCCUGUGCAAAACCAAAACCCUCACAAAACCCCAUCUAAUCCUCUCUUAGAAACCCCCCUUCUCCAAAACCCUAGAAAAGAAAAAGCUGCCUCGCCAUGUUCAGGGCAGCACUAAGAUCCGCCAUUGGAGCCAAGUCCCGUCUCCAAACCCUGGACCCAACCCAAAUGAGAUCUUAUGGCCUCAUCCCCAUGGUCAUCGAGCAAACGUCGCGAGGCGAGCGGGCCUACGACAUAUUUUCUCGCCUCCUGAAAGAGCGCAUCGUGUGCAUCACAGGUCCCAUCGCCGACGACACAGCCUCGCUGGUGAUGGCGCAGCUCCUAUAUCUCGAAUCGGAGAACCCCUCGAAACCGAUAAACAUGUAUAUCAACUCCCCUGGCGGGGUCGUGACUGCGGGCCUGGCCAUAUAUGACACUAUGCAGUAUAUUCACUCUCCGAUCAGGACGAUAUGCGUUGGGCAGGCGGCCUCGAUGGGAUCGUUCCUGCUGGCGGCUGGGGCACCAGGAGAGCGGCGGGCACUCCCAAACGCACGAAUAAUGGUGCACCAGCCUUCGGGUGGGGCCCAGGGGCAGGCGAGCGAUAUCGCGAUACACGCAGAGGAGAUUUUGAAGACCAAGGACAGGUUGAAUGCCUUGUAUGCAAAGCACACAGGGCAGGAUGCAGAGGUGAUAAGGCAGCGUCUGGAGAGGGACACUUUCAUGUCGGCGGAGGAGGCAUGCAAGUUCGGGAUUGUGGAUGAGGUAAUUCAGCGGAGACCGGUGUGGUUGGUGUCAGAUGCGGUGGGAUCCGCGCCGUCUUCUUCAUCAUUGGAGGGGAAGGCAAAUGAUAAAGAGGGCUCCAAAUGAGGUGCCAUGGUUUUGAUUUUUAUCAUUUUCUUUUUUCAAUUUGUGGACAAGGAUGUAGAAAUACAUUUGUAACCAUGGGCAGUUCAUGAUUUAUCAAUUACUGAUAAGCAGAAGAAAAAAAUGAUUUUGCUGUGUUUUUCAGUUGAAUCUUGAUUUUGCUUGCUCACUGUUAUUAGUUCCCUUGUAAUUGGAAUUUGUAGUACUUUUAGAGCGUUGGUAUUGAUUGAGGUGCCAUGGCUUUAAACUUA